AUGCAGAUUUAUAUGCUGAUAAUUUUGUAUACACAUUUUCAGGAUAGGCCUUAUUUCUCUCACCUUUUUGCUGUCAUUUUUCCUUUCUUUACAUUCCCUUCUUUGUAUACAUUUCUCUCUAUCACUGUAUCUUCAUUUUUAUUUACUACUUUCGAUUUUGACCACUAUUUGAAAAAGUCUUAUUUGCUCUUUCUCUUUUUCAAUAAGUCAUUGAUACAUCGUUUUUUCUUUCUCCCCUACAUUUUCAUUCUCUAUUUCGCUUUUUUCAAUAAGGACACAAUCUCUGUAAAUAGUCUUUCUCUUUCGCUCCUUAUAUACCCUUCUUUCUCUCUCUUUUUCUAUCUCUAUUAUUCUCUCUUUCUUAAUAAGAACUACCUCUCUAUAUCACUUUGUGUCUCUCUUUCUCAGCAUUUUUUCAGUACUCUCUCUCAGUAUUUUUCUGUCUAUCUUUUUUGGUACCAUUCUCUUUUUCUCUGCUCUAUAUUCUCUUUGAUACUUCCUUUUACAACAAUCGUUUUAAUUACACACUCUCUCUCUCUCUCUCUCUCUCUCUCUCUCUCUCUCUCUCUCUCUUUCUAUAUAUGUAUAUGGAGAGAGAGAAUAGACAGAGGGAGAGAAAGAGAGAGAGAAAGAAACACACCCGCGCACGCACGCACACACACACAUAUAUAUAUUUUUCUUAUUCCCCCUUUUCUAUUUCACUCUCUCUCUCUCUCUCUCUCUCUCUCUCUCUCUCUCUCUCUCUCUCUCUCCUUUACUAUCUAUCAGCAUUUCUCUGUAUGUACUCUCUCUAGCUAUUUUAUUCUGUUUAGCUCUCUCGGUAUUGUUCUCUCUUUUUCUGUCCUUUUCAAUAAGUACGCUUUCUUUUCUUUCUUUUCUUUCUUUAUCCCUAUUUUCUCGCCCUUUAUUUUUAUUUCUCCUUUACUCUUUUCUCUUUCAUUAUUUCGCUCAUCAUUGCUAUCAAUUAUUUGCUACUCUCUCUCUCUCUCUCUAUCUAUCUAUCUAUCUAUCUAUCUAUCUAUCUAUCUAUCUAUCUAUCUAUCUGUCUCAGUGGAUUUCUGUUCUCUUUCCAAAUUCUUACUUUCUCAUUGCUUAUCUUUUCUUUCUCUUUCGUCAUUUUCCUUUCUCUUUUUGAUUUCCCUUUUGAUCAAACUAUGUUUCUCUUUACAUUGCUUUUUUCCAAGAUUUUCUUUCUUGCUUUCCUCUAUCUAUCUAUCUAUCUAUCUAUCUAUCUAUUUUUCUUCCUUUCUCUCUCCAUUCUUCGUCAUCACUUAUACUUUCCCUCUUUAUCUCUAUUUUUCUAUCUUCCCUUUUCAUUUAUCUAUCUAUAUUUUAUUGUCUUUCUUUCUCUCCUUUUUUUCUCUCUAUUUUCUUUCUCCAUUCCCAUCAUUCACCUUCACUCUGUCUUUCUCUCUAUUUUUCCGUAAUUUCUUUUCAUUUAUCUGUUUGCUUUAUAUUAUCGUCAGUAUUUCCCUCUUGUUCUCUUUCGUUGUCUCUCUCUUUCUUUAUCCCUUCCCAUUUCUCGCUUUCAUUCGCUUUCAUUCUUUCUUUAUCUAUCUACAUUGUACUAUUGAUUUUCAUUCUCUCGCUUUCUCUUCAUUUCUUGCUAUCACUUUUUCUUUCUUUUACUCACUUCAUAUUUCUCUGUUUCCUUUACACUUAAUUUUGUCUGCAUUAUGUACUUCCUUCUCUCUUUGUCGCCAACCUCUCACCAUCACAUUUUCUUUUACCCGCUCUAUCUUUCCUUAUUUUUUUUCUACCACUCCUUUUCAAAUAUCUCUUUGA